CCUACAGAGGCUGAAUGGUUCGAGACAGUCUGAGAGAACAGCUGGAGUUAAACGGAUACUACCUCACCUGUCCACAGGUUUUCCAGGAUUUCUUUUUUUCGGGCGACCUGUUGCACCCUGAGGACACACUCCCCUCCUGCAGCACUGAGGACAUGUGUCGCCUGCCCGUGGCUUCACUCUUCAUUUGCUUGUGUUUGGUGGAGAGAAGCCACUGUAACGGCAGCCUUCAGGACGGGAUGGGAGAGCUGCACACCCGGUUUGCCAUCAGCCUCUAUCAGACGCUCACCGAAACAGAGAACAACUCCAACCUGAUCGUGUCACCGGCGAGCGUCUCCUUGUCUCUGGGGCUGCUCCAGCUCGGUGCCAGAGGCAACACGCUGGCUCAGCUGGAGGGAACACUCGGGUACAGCGUGAAGGAUGCCCAGGUCCAACACUUCCUGUUGCAUUCACAGAGUGACAUGCGCAACACCAGCCAGGGGAUGUGGCUGCAGCAGACCUGCACAUUAUUCGUACAGAGCGGUGUCCAGCUCCUGACUGAGUUCACACAACAUGCAGCAUCCUGGGCCAACACCAGCGUGGUCCGAGCCAACUUCAGCCAACCCAACCACACCCGCGGCCAGCUGGAGCGAGCGGGGCCCCAUCAAGAUGAGACGUGGCCCCUCCAGGCAGGCAGCAGCAGCGGCGAGCUGUCGGGCUCUGGCGAGGCCCAGGCAGAGGCCCUGUGGUGGGGCCACCGGCAGCAGAUGGCCCUGGUGAACAUGGUUGCCUUCAGGGGCGUCUGGCAGAAACAGUUCCUGUUCACCAACACCCAGAACCUGCCCUUCACCCUCUCUGACGGGACUGCCAUCAAGGUGCCCAUGAUGUAUCAGGCAACAGAGGUCAGCUUCGGUCAGUUCAGGACAGCAUCAGAUCAGCGUUACACUGUGCUGGAGCUGCCGUACCUGGGCCGCUCCCUGAGCCUGCAGGUGGUCCUGCCCAGCGAGAGGAAGACGCUGCUGUCCUCCCUCGAGUCCCAGCUCACCGCUCGCCAGCUAGCCUCCUGGGACAUCGGCCUGCGCAGAACCAAGAUGGACGUUUUCCUGCCCAGGUUCAGAAUGCAGAAUAAGUUCAACCUGAGAUCAGUGCUUCCUGCCAUGGGCAUCAGUGACGCCUUUAACCCAACAGCAGCUGAUUUCACUGGAAUAUCAGUCGAGGAGAGUCUUUAUGUGUCUGAUGCCUUCCAUGAAGUGAGAAUAGAAGUCACAGAAGAUGGGACAAAGGCAGCUGCUGCUACAGCUAUGGUGCUCCUCAAACGAUCCCGUGCUCCUGUUUUCAAGGCGGACCGGCCAUUCUUAUUUCUUCUACGACAAAUUAACACAGGAUCCAUCUUGUUUAUGGGCCGAGUGAUGAACCCAGCGGAGCAGGCACCUUAAGACUCAAACACCUUUCUCACACACACAC